GUCUAAAUUUUUGCCUAUUUCAUGUUGAUAAAUUCAGUGAAAAUUGAAUUAACAUAAACAAAAGAAAACGAUAACAAUUAAAUUUUAUUACUGCGAGAGCAAUAUCGAUGCCCUUCGUUGCAGGGAGAAGUGAAAUUCUUUCAUUAUUUAUUAUUUUCGUUCAAUCUUCGUGUUCAUGGCGGUGGCUGGCGGUAAGACCACUAGCGCCGUUGUUAGUACACAAUAUCAUUCAUAAGGUGAAGGUAGUAACUUCAUCUGUAUUACCUCAAACAAUUGUUGCAAGUUACGCGCGCGUUUAGAUUCUUUGCAAUAUCUAUAUACAUAUCUAUUUUAAAUAAUAUCAUGUGCAGUGCAGUUGAAUAUUUGGUAUGAAUUUUAUGCAGCAAUUAUAUUUUGAAACCAAAUGAAAUUAAUAUCACGAUAACGGUGCAUCAUCAAAUGUUAAAUGCAAAUUUUGCAUUCACACCGGGUUUUAUCAUGUGGUUUUUCUUGCGUACUUCUGUUUACUCCACUUGUGUCAGAAGAAAAUAAAUGACUGCCUUUUUCAUCGCUUUUUGAUAUGCUGCUGAGUUAGAAACACUAAACGUUAUCUUAGAAACAAUUAUCUUUCAUCAUGGACUGGACUCUGGGAACAGAUCAAUCAUUACAAGAUAUGCUAGACUGUGAUAUUAAGACUGAAAUAGAUAGUGUAAUAGGAGGCCAUCCUGAACUUGGUUUUAAUUUUACUGACUUAUCUCCUCUAGAAUUAGAUGACGAUCCAAUUCAUUCACACGUUGAUUUAAACAAUUGGUUUACGUCUCAAAGUCUUAUAAAUGGCAACAGUAAUAGUUCAAACAGUAAUUUUAAUUUGGACCUCAACAGCUGCGAUGCUGCCUCAGUUAUGGUAAAUCCAAAUUCAGUAAUGCCUUUUUCAUCGGCUCGUGGAUUUUUAUCGCAAUCCAUCACGUCACCUUCUGAAAAGCAGGUGAAUAAUUCCCGAGCGUUGUCUACAUCGAACACACCAGACAUUUCAUCUACAACUUCUGCAGUUAACUCUUCGUGCUUAAACACACCCAGGAGGCAUUUUGUGUUCACUUCAAAUAUGAAAAAAAAUCAUGAUAUUUUGGAACAAAAACACGCUAUUGUAAAUACACUCAAAAAAGAAAUUUCAGAAACCAAUGAAUUUUCUGACAGAGAUCAUAACAUAGAAAGCAGUGAUUCGGAAGUUGAUGAAGCAUCUGAAGAUGAAGAUUUAGACGAUAAAAAUAAAUUCACCCUUAAAAUUUGUUCUAAAAAUAUCAAAACAUCAUCAGUUUCUUCUAAAUCAUUAACUUUAGUGCCCCUUAAAAUGCAGAAGUCAUGUCAACAACAACCCUCUAAUAAAGAUAAUAUUUCAACAAUCAAAUUACAAAAUCUUAAACUAUAUCAGAGUUCCAAUUUACUGCCAACUCAACGGCAAAAAAUAUAUGACAGAGAAAUUGAGUCAGGAUCUAUUAUACUGCAGCAUAAAAACAUAGAUAAUUCAUUGAAUUUGAACUGUACAAAUACCAAUACACAAUUUGACUCGGUUACUUUGGAAUACGAUAGUAAGCCUUUCCCAAAACCAGCUUAUUCUUACUCAUGCUUGAUCGCCAUGGCUUUGAAAAAUAGUCAAACCGGAUCUCUACCAGUUUCUGAAAUUUAUAACUUCAUGUGUGAGCAUUUUCCAUACUUCAAAACUGCGCCAAAUGGCUGGAAAAAUUCUGUCAGACAUAAUUUAUCGCUUAACAAAUGUUUUGAGAAGAUAGAGAAACCAGCAGGAAAUGGUAAUCAGCGAAAAGGAUGUUUAUGGGCCAUAAAUCCUGCCAAAGUCGCCAAAAUGGACGAAGAAGUUCUUAAAUGGUCAAGAAAAGAUCCUUUGGCCAUUAAAAAAGCUAUGAUUUACCCGGAACAAUUGGAACUUCUAGAACGUGGAGAAAUGAAGUAUGUCAGUAAUAAUGGAUUUGGAGGUGACUUUUCAACGGAGGAAACCGAAAGUUCAGGUGAUGAGGGUGAUAUCUCAGAUCAGACAAUUUCUCAACAAACGAUUUCACUAGUACCUGCAAAAACAUUACACAUGACUAAUAGAUUAGCUGCCAACUCGAUAAGUGAUAGCUAUGAUGAAAGUAGUCAAGAUAUAGACUUAGAUAUCAAUGACCAAAUUCAAGAUGAAAUUGACAUCGUAAGAAAUGAAAAAAGUUUGCACAUGCAGAUAAAUAUUGGAGAAACGAAUUCUAUAAAAAAUAAUUUAGAUUAUUUGAACCGAAAAAAUACUAAACGUCAAAAAAUUAAUCUCACCGAAACUCUUCAAGCUAAUUUUGUAUAUCAAACGGUCAAUCCAACAUUACACCGAAAAUCGUCACCUCUCUUUUUAACAACAUCUAGUGCUACUGGAUCAUUCGUUAAGUUAGACUAAAUAUUUUGUCACCUUUUUUUGAUCUCGUAGUAAUAUUAAAUAUUAUUUUAAUUUACACAUCAUAGGUUAUAUCUAAUUUAUAUAAUUAUGCCUAACUAACGGAAAGCUUUUCAGUUAUGGAAAAAAAGAAAAUCCUGAUAUUUUUUUUACUCUACUCGAUAAAUCUUCAUAAAUUAUAUUUUUCGUAUGGAUUUAGUUUGGCCAUAAAAAGACUCUAAUUUAUUGAAUUGCUUUUUAUGUUGUAACUUUCAAAUACCACAAAGCAAUUCUAAAUAGUCCAAAGAAAGCGUACAAUUCGCAAAAUUUUAAGUUCAUAUUUUCAAGGCGUUUAGUCUAUUUAUAAGUAUUAAUUACAAUUUAUUAUUCGUGUCAAAAAAUCGAUCACAAUCUUUUUCUCGAAAUAUUGUAGUAAUAACUGAAAGGUUUUUAGAACCCAGGAAGUGUAGUCAUUAUAAAAUUACGCUUGUAUUUACUUACGUUACGAUAAAAAUAAUCUACGAAUAUAUUCGGAACUCAAAAACCCAAUUAAAAACUAAAUACUUUAAAUGGGAAUAUGUAUUAAUAAUUAUAUUAAAAAAUCUAGCUGUUGUAAUUAUAUUUGCCCUGAGUGAAAAAUUAUAAUAGCCGUCUAGAUUUACUAAAUUGUACUUAUAAAUUUAAUUCAUUCCGACAAUGUUCGGGUUAAUAUAAUUUGAUUUAAUUAAUUCGAUGUAUUAGUGGCUUAUUUGGCUUUGAAUUUAAUUUCCGUCUUGAUAUUUAUGCAAGACAUCAUUCGAAAAUCAAUUUUCUCAUAUAAAUGAUCAAAAAUACCUUGAAUUGAAAAAGAAUGUGUCCAAUUUUUCGGAUAAAUUUUGUUUCAAUACUCGUUUAAAGUAAUAUAUAUUAAAUCUUCAUUGGGGUACGGUGAUUAGAGUUACACUUUGGGCUUUAUUCUGUGUGAAAAUUUUUUCUUUUCUUACGCUUUUUCGACAAUUUUGAUUUUCCUUCAAGUCUCUUAUGAUUAGUUUUGGAGCAACCUGUUAUUUACACCAUUUAGACUAUGCUCGCUUUAGAAUGCUAUUAAGACUAACAAAACCAAUCCUAGACGAAUCAAGUCCAUAAAAAUGGAUAAUUAACUCUACCGAAGAGCUUAUUUAUACUUCGAAGUUGAUUUUUACAUCAUUCUUAAAGGGGAUAUUUUCCCCCUUUCCAUUACAUUUUUAGAAAUUUAAAAAUUUAGAUUUCUUACUAGGAUACAGCUGAUCCCAUGCGACUUUUGUGUUAUAAAUUUAAUAUUCGUGUUAAAUUGUUUUAUUAUUCUUUACAACUUUUUAUACUUUCCGAAAACACGUUCACGUGUCGGAAUAAUCAGAGCUCAAGGUACUGUGCUCAGGUGAUGUUAACUUCUUCGGAACAUUGAUAAAUGUUCAUGACCACUAUCUCGAGCGAGGUAAAGAUUCGACCUAUAGACCAUCCUAGCAUAAUACGUUUAUGAUAGGAAUGACUAAGAAAACUUAAUAUGUGAAAAAAGUAUCCUUCAGAGCUUGUUCAAAACAACUUACAGGUCCGAUCGCCUCCUCUGAGGUUGCAUCCGUAACCAUUAAUGUUCUAAAGAAGGUUACACAACUGGGCUUUGUAUCUCAAAGAAUUCGGUCCGAAUAUUACAAGUGCGAUACAUUUUUCAAAAACGUUGUUUAGAGAAAGAAGAAUUUCACACAUAAAGUAUACGAAAAAGUCUCAUGAAAACAUCUGUAAUAGUUAUUUAUGUAACAAG